UUUCGAAUCUUCUCCAUUCUCUCUCUCUUUCUCUCUCCAAAAGCCCUAGAGUUCGUCUUCAACCACACCACACCGCCGAUGACGACGGUUCCGGCAGCCGGUCGUGAACUCUCAAAUCCGCCAGCAGACGGCAUCUCCAAUCUCCGUUUCUCAAAUCACAGCGAUCACCUUCUCGUUUCUUCAUGGGACAAGAGCGUGAGGUUGUAUGACGCGAGCGCCGAUUCUUUGAGGGGGGAGUUCAUGCACGGCGGUCCCGUGCUCGAUUGCUGCUUCCAUGACGAUUCCUCUGGGUUCAGCGCUUGCGCCGACAACAAAGUCCGACGGCUUGUUUUCAACGCCGGAAAAGAAGAUAUUUUGGGAAAGCAUGAUGCACCGGUGCGAUGUGUUGAGUAUUCUUAUGCUGCAGGACAAGUUAUCACUGGAAGUUGGGAUAAAACACUCAAAUGUUGGGAUCCAAGAGGUGCAAGUGGGCCAGAACGCACACUGGUUGGAACAUAUCAGCAACCAGAGCGUGUUUACUCUUUAUCUCUUGUUGGAAACCGGGUAGUAGUGGCAACAGCAGGAAGGCAUGUAAACAUCUAUGAUCUUAGGAAUAUGUCUCAGCCUGAGCAAAGAAGGGAGUCUUCGCUGAAAUAUCAGACCAGAUGUGUACGCUGUUAUCCCAAUGGAACCGGAUAUGCACUCAGCUCUGUUGAAGGAAGGGUUGCUAUGGAGUUCUUUGAUCUAUCAGAGGCUACUCAAGCUAAAAAAUAUGCUUUCAAAUGUCACCGGAAAUCAGAGGCUGGAAGGGACAUUGUCUACCCUGUAAAUGCCAUUGCCUUCCAUCCAAUUUAUGGAACUUUUGCAACUGGAGGCUGUGAUGGUUUUGUUAACAUCUGGGAUGGGAACAAUAAGAAGCGGCUGUAUCAGUAUUCAAAGUAUCCAUCAAGUGUGGCUGCACUCUCGUUCAGCCGAGAUGGUCGGUUACUGGCUGUUGCUUCAAGCUACACCUUUGAAGAGGGAGAUAAAAAGCAUGAGCCAGAUGCCAUCUUCGUACGAAGCGUAAACGAAAUCGAAGUGAAACCCAAACCCAAAGCAUACCCAAAUCCUCCGGCAUAGUUUUGAGUACGAGACAAAAAAAAAAAACACCCAUCUUGUUAUGAUUGGUCGUGUAGUAAUAACAGCCAUAACUUCUUUUACGGUUUUUUUUUUUUAAUCUGCUCGUGAAGUCGGAUCAUAAUAUUAUGUCCCAAGGUUUGUUCAUUUACAAAGUAUGGCUUUAAGUGUAUUUGCCAUUUCUGGUUUUUGAUUGGUUUCGGUUC